CUACCUAUGGUCAAAUACAAUAAUAUAUUAUGCAUGUGUUACCAACAACAUUUGAAGACUGACUGAUCGAAGUGACGGAAUCUUAGCGAUUAGAUAACUCGACCUACCUCACCCCUUGCACAUGUGCACAUGCUUGAUUCCUAACAAGAAACAUGAGAUAAAACCUAGGACAGCUGAAGUGAGAAAGUGCCUCAAACCUGUCAACCGUUUUCUCCCAGCUUCGUUUGUCCUCAAUAGGCAGAUCAAUCGACUUGCACUCGUGUGCCAACCCGGUUCACGUCGUGGGGGGGGACCCAUUAAUGAAGGCUCCAGACAAACACCGGUAGCUCGAUCCCGGCCGGCCCGGUUUCUCAUCCUCCACCCAACCAACCCUGGGUGGAUGCCUCCCUCCGCUGACGAGACUCUGCGCAUGCCUCGAUGGCGCCCGUCGGAGGCACAGUCGCCAGCCUUGGGCCGGGGAAGAGUAGAGGCCACGGCCAGAGCCCUGCCUUGUCCUCAGCUCUUGAUGGACGUCAAGUCGCCGCCGCUAAUUCCACCUUGAAUGCCUGGUCUGGUCGUCGACAACCUUCAUGGCUGGCCAACGCGACGCCCGUCCAGCCCACUCCCCGUCCUGCUGCGAGACCACCAUCCGUCACUAAUGUCGCCGCCCCUUUUGCUGUGACGCCGGCCACCGAGACGACAUCGUUGCAGUCUCAGCCUCAGCCCAAGCCCAAGCCCAAGCCCAAGCCUCAGGCUCAGGCUCAACCUCAACUUCAACCACCCCCUCCGUCACGACCUUCACCUCAACCUCGUCACCCAUCACAGAAUAACCUUCGACAACAGCCCCAAUCAUCAGAUCAGCCAGCACCAUCACUGCCGGCAUCUGCACAUUCACGGCCUGCGUCCUCGCAGCCACCCCAUCCGGUUACGGCAGCAGGCCCACCACGUCUCUCCACCUCGCCGCCCGACCCCGCUCUACCAUCGCCAGCCGCAAGCGACGAACCUAGCCCACGCUUAUCACUACUUCGUGGAGGACCUAACACUGGAAACGCAUGUCCAGCUAGUCCUCACAGCAACCCUCCAACCACCGAGGCUCAUUUUGUGCUCAAUGACGAUGUAACUCGCCCUCUAUCUUCGCCUCAGAGCCGAGUCCCUACCUCUCUGCCACAAAACGGCCGGAGUGCCUCGCCACUCCAAAUGCAGCCACUGCCUGUUGCUCCGUUACCUGAAGAGAUGGCCGAUCAUACGCAGACUCCAACUGUGGCAGCCGCUGGAAAUGUUGGUUCCGUGCCAGCAGAUACGUCUCUGCUUCGAGCAUCGAAGAGGCGACGAUACGAGAACGGUGCCAUUGCUUGUCUCGAGGCUCAGAAUGCUAAAGGCAAAAUAAGUGCGUAUCUGCAGGAGAUGGGUGGGGAGCAAGCACUAGAAGAGGUUAUUGAGCGACCACGCUUUUUUCUCUUAUACAGAGCAUGUCGCGAGGGUGAUGUUUUCUUCGUUGCACUGCACCAAUUGUUUUGUUCAUGGACGGUGAGCCAAAUUUUAGUCCAUGCGUUGUGUGAUGAGAAGGUUCACGAUACCUCUCUUAUUGAUAACGCCUUUGGAAUUAUGGGGACGAUUCUUAAGGCAAAUUCAAAGCUGAGAGUACCUCUCCUACAAUGGUUUGCGGACUUCCCUGUUCCGCUUCUCACAUUACAACACGAUCGGUUCUACGCCCAGACAAUAAAUCAAGUCCUUAAUUUUCUGAUCUGCGUGUCCAAAAGAUGGUCAAUCGUCAACCAUGACCACUUAUCACAAGGCUAUCCCUUGCUAAUGAGUGAACUGAUCAACACGUUCAACCUGCAUUCUCCACUCUUGCAAUCUAUUGUGUUCCGAGCAUCUAGAAGAACGCUAGGUGUUCCGGAUAGUCAUGCCGGCAAACGAUUGGAAGAGGUGUUCAGGGCUGAUCAAGAGAAGCACUGGAAUCCCGAGGAUGGGACCUGCUCGCUCCGGCUUGAGGGGCCAGCUUAUGAGCAGUAUAACAAUAGUUUAGUCCAAAGAUAUAAGUCCCUCGUUGCCGCAGCUAAAGCUCAGCGUACUACGUCUAGGCGUUCGAGCCAUAGCCCGUCCAUACCUCCUGCGUCAACAGCCCACUCCUCCGCCACCUCGUCACCUUCGCUCACUGGUGAAUACUUCCAAUUCGAUAUGGCCCAGGCACCCAGGCCGGCGCCAUCAGCAACUAGUGCCGGGAGGAGAGUUUCCGGUAAUGGGCAAAAUAUUCAGUCACCUUCACCCACCUACUCUCCGAUAGCUGCCGCGCCACCUAUGGCGAUCCCAAAUACAACUGCAACCUUUCCUCCCCAGUUGUAUAAUUUUCCAACUCAUCCAACGUCCCCAUACCCGUCUCACAAUGUCUCACAGCACGGACAGUAUGGGCCUCUUAAUCCUUAUGUGCAACAAAAUUCUCAUUUACAACAACUCCAGGAUCAAGCCCGGCAAUAUCAGGUUCAGCAGCAGUUACGUCUUCAGCAGCAGCAGCUUGAUUGGCAACAGCAACAACAGUAUACUCCACUGCCACAGCAGCUUCAACAGCUCCAGCACCUGGAAUUUGUACAGAGGAAGCGAUCUCAGCCUGGAGCAGUACCAAGUCCACGGCCUUCUCCAAUCCAAGCAACACGUGUACUACCAGGUCAAGUCCCCAUGGCGAGGCACACCCAACCACAAAACAUCAAUAGUCAACCUGUCUCUCCCGCACCUUUUAUGAAUUCACAUCAAGUGUUAGGAUAUCCGGCUAUAGCGCAACAAUCGGGUCUUGUUGACCCAUCGCGCUCUCCCCAGGUCGUGAAUACAACUCAACCAUUCAAUGUACAGCCUCCUGCAGUUGCUGCGUUACAGCGACAACCGAACCCAGCUGUUGAGAGACUGUUUCCAGUUCACCCUAACCAGAGGAUAAAUCUCCAAGAAUAUCCUCAUACACCUUAUGAGAAGAGGUCUGCCGAUAUGUCUCUUCACCAGGCUCAUUUACGCAGCCCAAAGCGUAUCCUGAAGACAUUGUACGCUGGAUCGCCUGAAAGACACUACCAGGCCAUUAAAAGUUUUGCGCUUGAGCCAGCUCCGAUUACCCCACAAGGGGGUUUAUACAAGUUCUCUUUCAAUGUUACAGAUAAAAUCGUUGAAAAACUCACCUUAAACGAGAGAGUGCCGGGCGAAGUGCUUCUCGUAAAUCGGUUUAAGAGCGGAUCUCUUCGUAUUCGUGCAAGGUGCUGCUGUUUUCCCAUGGCUACUGGCCCCAUUCCCGAUCAUGACUGGGUAACGUCGGAUACAACUUGGCCGGAUCAGAUCUUCAUGAGCUUGGAUAACCAGCCAUUAGAAGUGAUGCGCAAACAACACCAUUCGAAAGACCUCCCCGUUGAACUUUCAUCAUUCAUACAUCAGGGUGAGAAUACAUUGUCCGUCGCCCUUCUCCAGUCAAAUGCGCAGCGUAAACAGCAGACCCCGUAUAUUGCUGUGGAGAUAGUGGAAGUACUAAGCCAUAGUGCCAUACUUGAUAUGGUGCGCGUGUCCGGAAACAGACCUGCGAACGAAACCUGGGAGGUGAUCCAGAACCGUUUAGCUACUUGUUCGUCAGGCCUGGAUGGAGACGACAAUGACCUCGAGAUGUCUAACGAUGGAAUCUCCAUUGACCUUGCCGACCCUUUCACUGCUAUGACCUUUCAGGUUCCUGUACGUGGGAAAGCGUGUAAACAUCUGGAGUGCUUCGAUCUCGAGAAUUGGCUAAAUACCCGCUUGGGGAAAAAGUCGAUAUGCAUCUGUGGCGGUGUUCCUAAUUGCAAAUGCCCCAAAGAGCCGUCGUUCGUGGAUAAGUGGAGGUGUCCGUUCUGUGACGGCGAUGCGCGCCCGUAUAGUCUCUACAUCGAUGAAUUUCUUGUCGAGGUUCGCAGUCAGUUGGAGCAGGCCAAUCAGUUGCGGACCAAGUCCAUCACGGUAUACGCCAAUCGAUCGUGGCAAGCGAAUGAUCCGGCUGGCGACGAUGAUACCGAUGUUGAUAGCGACGACGACGGCGCCACUGCGCGAGCCAAUUCGAAGACGGCUACCUCUCAUAAGGCUUCGGCGCAACAUAAUGUCAUCGAAAUCGAUGAUGAUUGAGUGGACGAAGACGCAUCAGCUAUAGCUGAAGUGAAGUGAUGCAUGCAUUCGCGACUUUCAAAAAGGAUGAAAAUAUGGUUAUGAUAUUACUCUCCAAUCCCAUCCAGCCCACGGAGUAGAAUGAGCGAAUUAUACCCCCUUUUCUUAUUCGCAUGACGCUUUGUUACGAAAUUUGUACUUUUUUUUUUUCCCCAGCAGCGCGGAGUAUGGUGCCAAAAUGGAUUGGGAUGACAAAUGGAUGGAAGGUCUGAAUUUAAUGUUUUAAAGAUUCCCACAAUGGUCGUUCAUAUCUGUUUUGCGUUGAAUUCGUAGGUGGCGAGCUUAUUAGAGCUGGGUCGGGGUUUAAGGCUUUGCUGUUGUUGUUGUUGUUGGACAUGAUGCUCUCGAAGGAGAGUAUGUAUAAAGUGUGUAUAUAAUGGUGGGG